UGAGCGAGGGUGGAAGGGAGCGAGAAGGGGCGGAGCGGACUGUGGGCAAGUAGCUAAGGGACCCGAGCGCGAGUGGACGCCCGUUUUCUCCUUCCUCUCCGAGAGGCCAACUUAGGAGAGGUAAAAAGAAAAGUUUGUUAUUAGCCGCCGAUACCCGAGGGCGAACCCUGAAGAGGACUGGUGAGGGAAGUCAGGUGCUUGAGGGAGUUUAUAAAAGUGUGGUGGCGGGGUAACAAGGAGGUUCUAGCUUUGCUGACGGCGUUGGUGGCAGAGGUUGAGGGAAGAGAGGUCCCAGUCAGAGUAUGUGGGAGCCAAAAGUACCGGGUGCGACUCACUCACACCCUGUCUCCUUGGAGACGUGUCUCUAAGGGACUCGAGUUUGUUCAACGGGCGGCCCGUCUUACAGCCUCCUCUCGGCGGUCAGACCACUGAGGCGGAGAGCGGGCACGGAGGCUCCUGUAACUGACCUGUGGGAGCCGGGAGCAGGGGUGCUGGUUUGCUAGGGAAAAGCGCUUUUCGAGAUUUGGCUUCUUUCGCCUCUUACCUCUUGGUUUUCUCGAAGAGGUGAACAAGCCAAGGUACUUGAUGAAGAUGACAACCAUCUCCUCUUGUUAUCCGUUUCAUUUGGGGAUUAACGCUUAUUAUACCUUGACAAAACAUUUUUGCGUUUCGGGAAAGUGUGUUCUACGUUUCAGUUGUAUCUCAUCACCUGCUGCCUGAAACUGACCUUCAGAGGAGUUCCUGGAGAGAGAAACAGUGGGAUCUAAUCAAGCAAAAUAGGCUCAACCAAAGUGUGUUUCACCCAUGGAAACAGAUUUAUUAUGGCACAGCACCGAGGACAAGUGUUUCCUAUUCAGCAACUCAAGUACAUCAACAAAUACCCUGAUGUUUUCAACAAAUGUGAAUAAUUUCAUCACUAAGACAUUACACAUUUUUUGUAUGUUGGUGGAACUUCAUGUUUUUUAUGUCCCUGAAGGAUCGUGGAACUAUAAGCUAAAUACCAUUUCAAUAGAAGUUGUUAACAAAUUCAUUUCAGCUGGAUUUAUAAGAGUAUCUCCUCACCUAACUUUACAAGCCCUGAGAGAACGACUUGGUGAGUUCCUUGGCGAAGAUGCUGUUGCAGAAAAAUUUUUAUUUCUGAAAUGCAUUGGAAAUAAUCUAGCUGUGGUGAAGGUAAAACAAGAAUCAGAACUGAAACUCAAAUCAUUUGCUCCUCCAUAUGCUCUUCAACCAGAAUUAUAUUUGCUUCCUAUAAUGGAUCAUUUAGGAAAUAUUUAUUCAGCAUCAACUGUUGCUUUAGAUGGGCGGCAAACUAAUAAUGGUGUUGCUGAGGCUGAUGGAAUAAUCCACAGACCACUUAGAGUAACUUUGUUGAAGGAAGAACCUGGAACAGAUCCCAGUUUUUUAGUAAACACUUUGAAAGAGCUUCUCAACAAGAAUCAGGAAGAAGCAGUAUCAGCUGGGGGGAAAGCCACUCCAAAAGAAAACCAGACUGGAAAAAAUCAAAUUGGAAAUUCUGAAGUUCCAGGAUCAUUGGAAUCGAAUAGUGAUUAUUUUAGCAACAAAAAAAGUCCUUUUCUUUGGAAAAAUGAAGAUGAUGGAGUUAAUAUCAUUAGAACAGAGGACAAUCAGAUAGAUAAAAAAGAGUGUAUCACCCUACCAGAUCUUAUUGAUUUUCCUUCACUUCCUUGUCAACCUGCUCUUUCUCCAGGAAUAAUUGAUAUAUCUUUAUUACAGAUUGAAAGAGAGAAGAUUAUUGAACAGAUGAAACAAGUAAAGGAAGAAAGAAGAUAUCUGGAGAGAAUUAGAGAAGAACUUCUAAAAAAAGUCGAAAAGCUAUGUGAACAGAGCAAAUUGAAGCGAUAUCAUGCCUGUGAUGGUUGGAAGAAAAAAUAUUUGGAAACAAAGAAAAUCACAGCAUCACUAGAGGAAGUUUUAACAAAACUUAGAGAAGAUUUGGAACUUUACUAUAAAAAACUGCUCAUGCAACUUGAAUCCAGGGAGAUCAAGAUGAGACCAAAGAAUUUGGCAAACAUCACAGACUCUAAGAAAUACCUCAUCAUCCAGAUCACCGAAGUACAGCACGCAAUUGACCAACUUAAGAGAAAACUGGAUACUGACAAAAUGAAACUUAUAAUAGAAGUUAAGAUGAGAAAGCAAGCAGUCUCAGAUUUACGCACAUUGAAAGCUGAACUGGCACAGAAGAAAAUUAACACAUCUUUACAGUCUCCAUUAGUUCCCGAAAAUUUGCCUAGUUAGGAGCUCAGGGGAUGAUUUCGUUUAUGAUGAAUUUGCCAAAUAAAAAGGGAGCAUUGGCUGCUGCAGUACAUUCUGACAAGGCUUGACUUUGUUCAUCAUAAGACAUCACAAAGAGAAAGUCACAAGCAUCUGCAAUUCCAGCAUAAUUAUAGCACCUGCCUUUGUACUUUGGAGACCAAGAUACAUCAAAGGUUACCUGCGGGAAAACACAUGCCAUUUUAUGGAACAUGAUCAAAUAUGCUUAUUUUGUCUGUUUUUCUUUCAUUAUAUAUUUUCUUGCCUCAUACUAUCCAAGAGGAAAGACUGUUUACAUAUAUGAACAUAGGGUUUGACACGUAUAGAACAGUUCUAAGAUAUUUCUGCCCAUAUGGAUUGACCUAGAUAAUAUCUGGCCAGAUAUGAUGUCCAGGAGCAGGGCUCUGUGUAAAAGAGAAGUUUUCAACUUAAAAGUUUUCAAAGGCUCGACUAGUAACUCAACUGAGGAAAGAAAUAGGUAAUGACAGUAGGGUAUGGUGAGGCAUCCAAGCAAGUAGGCAGUAAAGAAACCACACUAAAAUAAGUCAAAUACAAAAGGUUGUUUUACUUUUUUUUUUUUUUUUUUUUUUUUUUUAAAUAUCAUGCAGGCUAGAUAGGUCAUCUCUUAGCACAAGUUGACUGACCUGUGUUGGGAGUUUAACCCCCUGAUAUACAAUUAUGUUACAUGAUAGGUUUAAUCCAACAUUACAGUUAAAGGAUAGUGGUUUAUGGAUAUAAGGAUAAAUUAACUCAAAAUGUUGAACAAAUCACUUAAAUGGUUUUAUUUUAUGGGAAUAGUCAAAUAAAACUUGAGUGAUGAAUUUUGGUGAGCCAAUUUUCAACAAGGAUGAGUCUGUUUAAAGUAUUUACUGCCUUAGCCAAAUAUUAAUUAGCCUUAUUUUAUAUAUGUGCAAAUAUUCUAAAGCUUCAGUAAAGGUUUUUUCUCUCAUUAGACACAUUAAUUAUUACAAAAAUUGAGAUAGUUCAGUUAAAACUUUUAUACUUUGGCCAAUUUAUUACUCCUUUUAGGACUUUAUCAAAAUUUUAUAAUUGUCUAAGUAUCAGCACUAAAGGAAGUUCAGCUUUACAAGUACAAGCUUUCCUCAAUAGCACUACAGCAAAAUAGGUUAUAAAGUGUAUUUGUUUUACACAUCCGAUCCCAUUUUAUCACUGCCUCACCUAUUAUAAAAUAGGAGCUAUAUUCUAGUAAUAGAAAAACUAAAUGAUCACCUCUAAACAGUUAAAUUUCAAAUCCAUUGUAUAAGUCCUUAUCCCCUCCUGAGCAUUAAGAGUAUUUUUACCUGCACUUUCUGUCAUAGUUCAUCUCCUAUUUUGGAGAAAGCAACAUUAGUAUAUUAGACAAAUCAAAAUGAUUUUGGUUCUCCUCUUGGCUCUAUUAUAACUAGGUCUGUGUCACUAAAAACAUCUCAAGCUGUUUUCCUACCUGUAAAAAAUGAUGAACUCUUCAAUUCAAUGACCAUAAUUCUAUAAUCUUAAUCAUUUUUCCCCCAAAACUCAUUUCUCCUUCUAGUCUAUAGUCAUUUUUUUUUCUGGUGGCCAGUUUAAGAACUUUUGGGGGACUUCUCUCACCCCCCACAUAACUAAUCUCACAGAGAACAGAGUGGUUUCUCUGUUCUGCCAGAAACCUCUUUCUUUCCAUUAAUUAAUAUUUAUUAAACACUUCCUAGUGUUAAGGUUACGCCAUCAUCCUAAUCUAAACUAUAGAUCUCAAGUUGUUAGACCUGGAUUAGUCCAUACUGGUCUCCAUUUCCCCUCUAGACUAUUAUACAUACUACUAUGGAAUAACCUUCCCCAUACACUUUCUACUAUGUAAACCCUAUACAUACAUACAGAAUAAAAUGCAAGUACUUCAGUC